AAAGGAAAAAAAAGAAGAAAAAAAAAAUUGUGCACCUAAAAAAGAAAGCUCCCGGUGAGGAUCGAACUCACGACCUUUCCCUUACGAAGGGAACACACUACCACUAUGCUACGGAAGCGUUGGUGUCCAUUACCAAUUUUAAUCAUCUAAUAACACUUCGUUUGGCGUAUUACACGGGUCCACCACUUCUUUACCUGGUCUUGUAGGGAUCGGCGGUUUCAAUUUUAUCUGAUUGCUUCAUCAGAGACUGCAGGCAUAACAUUCAAAAUCAGAGCAAAUUUUGGUAGGCAAGUGGGUAACAAACCCGAGUCUACAGUAUCAUGAACGUUGGCAAGCUGGGUGGAACCUACAGCCAAAAUUUCUUAACCAUCAAGCGCGUAUUUCAUAUCAGAUAAGAGAGAAUGAAGGUAUUAGAAACAGAAGAUGCUCUCACCUUGUGAGUAUCAUACAACAAAUGGCAGCUCCAGCUGGUUUGGUUGUUAUUGGUAUCUCAGUUGGAGUUGCAAUUGGCUUGUUAUUAGCAGUAUGCUCAUUCUUCGGUUUAAGGUGGUAUAGAAAGCGUUCUCAUCUUCGACAAAAUUCAACUGCGCGUAGUAGUGUAAGUUCCCUCCCCAUACGUACUAAUGGCUUGGGCGCAAGCAUAGAUAGCAGUGCAUCAAUCUCAAGUUCCAUAUCAGUUAACAUCUCAGACAUGCCUGCUGCAAUUACUCCUCGAUCUUGGUGGAACCACCAGAACAAAGAUGCAUUUGCUUCAAACUCGGGCAUUCCAAGAUACUCAUACAAGGAUAUCCAAAAAGCUACACAGAACUUUACAACCAUUUUAGGACAAGGAUCUUUUGGUCCAGUAUAUAAAGCUACAAUGGCUACAAAUGAAGUCGUAGCCGUAAAAGUGCUAGCAUCUAAUUCAAAACAGGGGGAGAAGGAAUUCCAAACAGAGGUACUUCUCCUGGGUAGACUCCAUCAUCGGAAUCUUGUGAAUUUAGUUGGAUAUUGUGUAGAUAAAGGUCAACACAUGUUGAUAUAUCAAUAUAUGAGUAACGGGAGUUUGGAAAGUCACUUAUAUAGUGAAGGUGAAAAGGUCUUGAGCUGGGAACAAAGGCUCCAAGUUGCUUUGGAUAUUUCACAUGGAAUUGAAUAUCUUCAUGAAGGGGCUGUCCCUCCCGUCAUACAUCGGGACCUAAAGUCUGGUAAUAUAUUAUUGGACCGAUCAAUGGGAGCAAAGGUUGCAGAUUUUGGGUUGUCCAAGGAAGAGGUAUUUGAUGGCCGGAAAUCAGGUCUGAAGGGUACAUAUGGUUACAUGGACCCUGAUUACAUAUCCAGUAGCAGGUUAACAAAGAAGAGUGAUGUCUAUAGUUUUGGGAUAAUCAUCUUCGAACUGAUCACAGGCAUCCAUCCUCAGCAAAACCUGUUGGAAUACGUCAAUCUUGCGGGUAUGAGCUCAGAUGGUGUAGAUGAAAUACUAGAUAAGCAUAUUGUCGGGAAAUGCAACAUUGAGGAAGUAAGACUCCUUGCUAGCAUUGGUCACAAGUGCAUACACAAAACACCAAGAAGGCGUCCAUCAAUUGCAGAUGUUUCACAAGCCAUCUCAAGAAUAAAGCGGCGGCGUCUUACCAAGGAGGACACAAUGUCUUUUGCAGGAGGAGAUGUUCACGAUGUCUUGAGGCGGAUAGAAAAUCAGCAGGUGGAAUUGAGUUCAUUAACAAGCAUCAAAGAGAGAGUACAAGCAUAAUCUUUAACAACUAUGCUCCAGUUUUCCCUGAUCCUCUGAUUGUGGUUUGUAUGGGCUUUUGCAAUUCAUCGUAUUUAAAACUUCAGAACAUCUUUACGAUCCCUUUGAGACCUCGACCAAAUCCCAUUUGUCUAACCUAGUGAUAGAACCAAGUCAAAAGAAAAGACUUAUUUAGCUAGGGUUAGGUUCUGAAGUUGGGGCUAUCUAGAACCAGAGAGACAGAGAGGCCUAUAAACAUGUACAGUUACUCUUCAUUUCAUAUAUCAAAAGUAAUCCGAUUUUAUCAC